AUGUAUAGAAUUGACAACUUAAAUUUGGAGAAUUUUGAGAAGAUUGUGAUCUAAUUUCCAAGUAAUUAAUUAUAGGAAGCUUAAACUGCAUGGCGAUAACUAAACCAAAAAUACCCAAAUAAGUAAUUCAUCAUUUCUUCGGAUCCCUUACAUUCAUCCUGUUGUGUGAAUGUAAUUGGAGCCCGUCAUAUCAAGCAUGAUCUGAUUAUACAUUUUGGAGAAACAUGCUUCUCAGAGGCUCACUAAGAAAAUAUUAUGUAUGUAUUACCCUAUUGUGAAUAUGAUUCAGCCGAAGUAAUAAAAUCUAUAGAAUCGAUCGAAUAAUCAUCUUGGGUAUUAUUUGAUUAAAAGUAUGAUCAUAUUUUGAUUGGUGAAAGCAAACACAUAUUUCUCUCAUUCUAAGGAAAAUUGAAUCAAUUACAAGCCAAACAUAUUGCUUGUGGUUAUCAUACAUCUGAGUUUAGAAAAUAACUCAUAUUUAUAGGAUCUGAGGACAGUGAAUUGCUAUAAAGAUUUAUUUUACAUUUCGAAUAUGGAAAGAUUGAAAAAUGUUAUCUCAUUGAUCCAGUCACAUGUUAACUUUAAAUAUUGCAAACCAACUAAAUGCCUUUAAUUAUAAAAAGAACUAAAUAAGUUGAGGAAGCAUCUGAAUGUAAAUGUUUUGGCAUUCUAAUAAAUAAUUCUACUGCUAAGUAUACUAAAAAUGCUUACAAAGCGUGCAAAUAGAUCUUAAAAAAUAAUCAAAAAAAAUACUUUACAUUUUCAAUGAACAGUCUCAAUGAAGCUAAGCUUAGUAACUUUCCUGAAAUCGAAGCCUAUAUUAUAAUAAGCUGUUACAGAAAUUCAAUUAUUGAUACAAAAAAAUAUUACAAAUUAAUAAUCACUCCCUUUUAAUUGCUUUAAGCAUUUUCAGAUGUUAAGUACUUAGUAGAAAGCGAUUUAAGUUUACUUGCAUAAGAGUAACAGCAAGAAGGGAAUCAAGUAGUUUAGAAUGAAGAGAUAAACAAAUAAGUAGAGUGUACUGCUCUGUUAGCUUAGAAUAAUGAAAAUUAAUUGAUUGCUCUAGACAAAAUAUUUUAAACCUUAGACUUCUACAAGAAUAGACAAUAUUAAGGAUUGUAAAUUAGAGAAAACCUUGAACCAGCCCAAUUAGAAAUAGGAUUAAGUGGAAUAGCAAGUUGUUAUGAAAAAGAAGGAAAUAAAUGA